CUCCCCCACCCCCCACCCCCCACACCUUUUUCUUCUUCCGCUCCUGCGAUCGGUUAUUUGAUUUUGUGUAUGAUAUCCAAAUUUCUUUUCUGGAGUGGUAUCCUAUUCUAAUUUCUUAGAUUGUUGUAUUGAACCAUCAGUUUUGGUUUAAGCGCAUGAUGGCGGAGAGUUUCGGGAGAUGGGAGUCAGAUCCCUUGUUUUCUGCUGCCGAAGUGGUGCAAGAUUCCGCCGAUAGGAUGGAAUCGGUAUUCCGAAUACUAUCGCAUGAACAGAAAUCUGCUCAAGGGGAUUCCUUGGAUGCUAAACUUCUUAGUUCAAUCGAGUAUCAUAAGAGGGAUCUUGUUACUUGUCUUGAAACAGCCAGAUGGCAGUUGGAGGACUUUGAGAGGGCAGUCACUUUAGCUGCAUUAUCUGAUACAUCAAAUUCAAGGGAAAAUGCAAUUUCCAAAUUCAGACAAUUUAUAAGAGCAAUAAGGGAACAAAUUAGUCAGGUUGAAAAAACUGUCAAAGAUUCUGCAAUGGAAGAUUUCAACGGGACAUCUCCAUCUAUGAACUUAAAUGAGCAUGAUAGAGAUGGGUUAGCAUUAUUUCUUUCAGGCGGUGAUCUUAGGGAAAAUCAGUUAUAUUAUGAUUCUAGUGGUAGCAUUAUGAAAAGGUUCCUUAAUUCCACAACAAAUGGUGAUGAAAUUGUUGAACUAAAAACUGAAGAAGUCUUGCCAACGAAUGGUCUGAAAUACCCAGAUCAUGGCUAUGAGAAAGCUGGGCCACAUCAUUCCAGCAGAGUUACAGAAGCACCAGCUAUUCUUGAGGACUCUUUUGGGGACAAAGGAUGUCAAGAAGCAUGCACCGCCUUUGGGUCUUUCAAUAUGAAAUUUGGUGAUUUUGCAGCAAAUUCUUAUGGAAUUAAUAGGACAAGGGGAUCCUUAUGGAUGCUCUUGAGGAAUUUUUGGCCUCCAAAUAGGAAUCAAAUGAGUUUCACAAAGAGAAGGAAGGAUGGAGAGGAUCCAGAUGACUUAAUAGUGGAUACUGAAAGAAAUAUUCCACACUCUAUCAUUGACGUACCUCCAUCUGGACAGGUACCAAAACAUGAGGGAAUGAUAAGCGCUUUGCAUCUUCAUGGUUUAAUAGGUUCUACUUGGAGGAGACUUCAAAGAUCUUUGUAUUUUAUUGUUUACCAUCAACGACCAGUUCAGUUGGCAUCAGCAGUACUGAUUGCCUUGGCAAUUUUAGCUUUUUUAUCGUUCUGCAUCAUAUGAUGUGUGCGCUUACUACGCUCGUCUAUCCUUUUUCUCCUAUAUCUGGGAAAUUGAUCAUGUAAUUCCUCCUCUCCUCUUCUAUAACCCCUCUAAUGUAUUAAAAUGGGCAUCCAGCAUUUUUCUGGCAGUGGCAACUAACUCAUGUUUGGACAUCUGAUAAGAUUACAGGCACAAGAAAUAGUUGUUCAUAAGUUGAUGAACAAGCAUGAGUUUGACGAUGGAUCGUGCUGGUCUUUGACUCAGUGUUCACUGCAGUGCAUCAAAUCAAGAGAAUUCUGAUGAAGCCAGAAAGAUGCAAUGCUGAUGUUGCUGAUAUUUCUACCUAUUAUGUGCAGUUUUAGCAGCAGCCAGGAAAAUGGGAAGGUUGUCUUUUGAAAGCUUGCUUGUUAUUUAGUAUCAGAGAUUAAUUCUUUUUAACCUCAUUCAAUAUUUCGAGUGCAGUUUAUUGCCACAGGAGCACUACUUUUUGACGAAAUACCAGUGAUCAGAGUUGGUUCAAGUUAACCCAAAUCAAA